AUGGACGCCCUUCCUGGUGCUGUAAUACAAGCCUUUGCGCACCUGUGGAGCCAACACCCCGAAGUAGCAGCUGGUAUCUACGCUGCAGGUGCCGUCGCUGCUGCUGUGCCGCAUUACAUACCAAACUUUGAGCAGGCCAAGGUUUGGUAUCAGAAGCCCAGGCCUGUUACGACAUCUGUCGCCAAACCCGUCCACACCAUCGAAGACGCAGCCAGAAUCGUGGAAUCAAUAGUCACCAAAGUUCCCCGGCCUACCCUUAUCACCGUCACUAGUUCUGUCUCACCGGCCUGCAACACACCCUCCACUGUCGAACAGCAAGCCAAAGUUGAAGUAUUGGACACUUCCUCGUCUUCCGAAUCAAUCCAGGACAUCUCCAAAUCUGUCACGGAAAGCUCUGCUCGUUCAGAACCGAGUAGUUCAUCGCAACUCUCCUCGGAACGUAGUACUCCACGAGAUACAUUGCCGGAGCUAUCUAGCAAGAGUCCAGAGCGUUCACGAGCAAAAACGACGAGUGCUUCUUCUGAGAAGAGCAAUCCUGUUCACGAGGUACCGUCAGUAUUGGGUACGAAAUCUUCCAAUGUCACAAAUACAGGCUUCAAAGCCCGGAUGAGUAGGCUUCUACACGGCUCGCAAUCCUCCACGGCAUCGAAAGAGUCGACCAUCAGCGAUGCACCCAGAGACGUCACAUCGACCAGGUCCCCCACCGUUGGCAAGAUGCCUUCUUGGACCACUUCUCCAGUUGUGGUUGAACAAUUACCGGUUACCUCACAGUCGUUCGAUGAGAUCAUAGACUAUUCGUUUGCAGCCAUCACCAUUCCGCAGAGAUCAAAGACAGUUUCCAGUGCUCCUCUAUCUAGCACUGCGAGCAUUGACUCUGGCCUCAAAGAACAUAAGUCAGCCUUUACACAUUAUAGGCAACAUGCGGCUAGCAAAAGCACCCGGAGCAGUAUAUCGAAGAUCACAGAACAUAAGCCAGCCUUUACGCAUUACAGACAAAAGGCGGCUAGGAAAUCACUCCAAGAUUCGUCGUCAUCUAAGACACUUCCCAGCGCACCUGUGUCCAGCACCAAAGACAGCACCGUUACGCCGAGAGAACACAAGCCAGCCUUUACACGUUACAAACAAAAGCCGGCUAGCAAACCACUUCGAGAUUCGCCGCCAUUCGCCAAAUCCAAACUCUCACGCUGGAAUGACUUUCGACGAGCGAUUGAUGAGAAAUACAUCACACAACAAGCAGAUCAAAAGCCGACCAAGUCAUCUUACUACAGUAGCCCUAUCACCAUGGCGGAUAUCAUGGUGGGAUAUGUGCCAUCCAUUCUCUUCGCCGUAUGCGAACAUCUGUAUAAGGAUGACCCGGACAUUCAGGAUAUGGUGGCAUUUAUGGUGCGCAAUGCGUAUAUGUUUGUCGUUGGAUAUCUCGCCUACGCGGAAUUUCGCUUGCCAACAUUGCCAUACUCCAAACCUGUAGCAUAUGCACGCAGCAUCGGAUCCGUAUCCUACAACGUGUGGCAGAAAGCAGUAGCCAACUUCCUGGGAAAGCAGCAAGCCGAUCACUUCAUCAUAGACCGGGCGUUGUAUGCCACCCUCGUCGGUAUCGCGAUUUAUUUCCUCCUUUGCGCCGGACGAAGGAUCCGCGAAGUUGUUCACCACGAAGAAGAUGAAAGCGAUUUAAGCGAGGAUGAAGACAUGUCUGAGACCCAGGAUCUGUCGCCCAGCGCGCCUGCUGUCAUGCCGCACCGGAAAGAGAUAUUAAUUCGUUGUUGCAUCGGCUUCACUGUUGUGAUAACUGUCAUCUGGCUCAGUGUCUACGUUCAGGACUUGGCUGUUAUCUUGGCCAGUGUGCCAGCGAUACACGUUCUUUCCAUCUAUCGCGAAGAGACGUUCACCAUACUAAACCUCGUGGUAGGCGGCUCAUACCGAUCGGUCAUCGCCGCGCGAACCUGGAUACGAUACUACGCUGCGGUUGCAGUAGUAGUAUACGUCCUCAUCAAUAUAGACCAGCCAUCCUUGUGCGCUGAUAGACUUUUCAGAGGUGGCGUUGCACCACCCUUCAGUCAUUUUGCUGUCGUGCUCAAGCUUGUGGGUCUCUCAUAUAUCGACUCCCUCGUGCACGGCAUCAUCGAAGUCUCUCGAAUCUGCAUAGCGAAACUCCGGGUUGUAAAAGCUUGGGCUCGGUACAAGUUCAUGCUCAUCGUCAGAGGUCGCGCUGUCUUCCCAUGGCACCCAAAGACCGUCGGCGGAUUGUUCCACUGGGUGCUCGCGAUAAUCACACUCGGUCCCCGGACAGUAUAUGGGUUGCUUCCAGUAUGGGCUGGCCCAGUCGUUGGGAUGUUCGCCCUCUGGGCAUUGACGUAUGCAUUCAUACCAUUGUUUCAGUCUCUUUUCACGGCGAUCUGGCACACGAUACAGCCUUGGACUGAAAGGACGUCGGAUGUAGCUGCUCAUACAGUUAAGGAGUUUACUACUAGCACUGCGUCUAUUCCAUCCCCAGUUAAGGGGUCGACUUCAUGGACUGCUGUAACCACGACAGCUUUACGGAAUUGGGUCACGCCUUCUCGUAAACUCACUACAACUUCGCGGGAACGCGCAACGAGCUCUCACGUGUACACUGCUACCCCAACGAAAAGGGUUACGAGCUCUCGUAUACCCACUACCCUCUCGCCGGCAUGGGCUACCAAGUCCGUUAGGAAUGCUACCUCCAGUUUCAUCGCAAGCACCCAGAAAACGACUUCUUCAGCAUUCGGAAGGAUGUCGAUGAAUCUCAGCUUGUUCUACAGGGCACAAAUCAAGCCGGUCGUAUCUGCCGUGGGUACACGCUGCCUCAACAAUUGGUGCCAAGGCCUAGCUUACCAUUGGGUAUGGCGUGCGACAACCAUCAUCGCAUUCACCAGUGUAUGUACCUUAGGCUGGAUCAUGGCCGCUCAAGCACAUCCCGCACAUAAGGUCCGGUCGUCUUUUACAUUUGCAACUAGUUUCAUGGUAAUGUACGUCCUAGGCACAAACGGGGUCCUUGCUUGCACUCAGGACUAUGGCAUCAUCUUUGCGACUGUUCUUGUCAUACUUCUACUUCUAGCCUACUGGCGGCCGGACCCGAUCGUGGUCCGAGAUUCUCCCAAUGAACCGCUCCCUGACCUGCCGGAUGAAGUUGUGGCUCCUGGCUCUCCACCACCAAGCCCUUCCGCAGCACAGAUUCCCGCCCCUAACAAUGACGUCGCAGAGUCAGAAUUGGGAAACCCCUUGAUUGGGGAACCUGAUACUCCCAAUCAGCCUCAAGACGCACAGCCGGAGCAAGCGCCUCAGCCACCCAGCGACAGUCAAGCAGUUGAUCUUGUGGAUGAGGACUUAUCAGGGCUGCCAGACGAAGUAGACGCGUUGCCCACUCAACAACAGGCUUCGCCUGUACAGACUCCCGUGGUAACCCCAACACGGGAGCAAUCGAUUGAGACCCCGGAUCAGGCUCAGGCUCAUACUGAGACACCCACCGCAGAUGCAUGGACACAGACAAACGCAUCUCUUCCUUGGCUAGAGCGCUGGAUGACUUGGCUCUUCGACAGCGAAGCGGCGCGCACAGCAAGAGAAAAUGCUAUCGAGGCCGCCAGGGCUGCUGCUGAGCAGGAGCACAAGGACUUCCUAGAGCAAUCUGGCCUGGGGAGCGGUGCAGAACACGAGGAGCCACAAUUGUCAAACGACGCCAGCAAAAGUCCAGCUACUGAUUCUUCGAUGAUAUCUCAGCCUACAGAAACUGAGCAACAGCACCGGGCUACUGUUGAAGAUGAGAAACCCGAGGAGCCAAUUCCUGUUAUCCCGUCUGAGACUGCGACUGAAGCUAUUCCAGACCCUGCGACUCAAGUACCAGUGAUACCGGUGGUUGCUGAUACAUCGGCAUCUGUGCGUACACUCACGCCAGCUGCCGAGUUCAAACGUACUCCUCUGUUCGAGCCUACUCCUCCAACAACGACCACUCCCACGAUCACAGCGUCUCCCCCGCCAGUGUUUCCUGCUCCCCCAGCUACGACUACUCCCUCAACUAGUGCUACUUCUGCGAUACCAGCAAAUUCCUCUGGUUCUCUGAUUGUACCUACUCCCGUCAUAACACCUAAUGAUGUACCGAAGUCUGCCACAGACACUACUGAGCCGGAGCCAACGCUUGACAUCUCGUUUGAUCUUCCUUCCAUCGUAGUUAACCCGCCAGAAUCUGCGACGCAAGAAGGAUACACACCCAUGACAUUUGUUCCCAUUGAAAUGACGGAACUCGCUACACCCACCAAGCGCACGCCUCCUAAAGACCCUGCUUCGGAGCCCGUCAAUGCCCCAGAUCACCAAGGUCCAGCCGCUGGUCCAGUGCAAGCUCAACAAGAGGAAGAUACGCAAGACGAUGAGCAUGAUAGUGUGCAAGAAAGCGACGAAGGAGAAGACGAGGUCGAAGGUGAAGAAGAGUUCGAUUUCGGUGGGAGUCCUACGAUAGGCACAUCAGCUUCGAUACAGCCAGCGAGUCCUAUCGAUGCCGAAAUUGCUGCAGCACUUGAGAGGCAGCGCGAGGAGGUGCGAAGAGAGGCUGAGCAGAAGAAGGCCUUGACUCCUAUGGAGGUUGCUUCUGGUGGAGCACCCGCGCCUGGUGAUGGCGAUGACAAUAAUGAUGGUAAAGGUGACAAUGAUUCAGGCAAUACGCCGAUACCUGGUGCCCCAGAGCAUGCCACUCCUGAACCCGACAAGGAAUCUUUUUCGCCAGAAGAUGCGCCAAUGGAAGACAUGGGCAAUGAUGCUUCAGCAGCUACGCCCACCACUAAUGCCGAUGCAACUGUCCCCGACUUACUCUCGCAACCAGCCCCCGGCACGGCAAAUAGUCGUUCUUGGGCCCCCUUCAGCUCGCUUCCUUCCAGCAAGACCGAGCCGCCUAUGUUCACAGAAGAGGAACUCAAGACGCAAUUCGCCCUUCCUGCCAUCUACAACCGGCCUGCCGCUCGGCCCACAGACCCAAAACAUCCAGACUCCGCAGAACAGUGGCGUAACAGGCUGCUGGGAGGUCCUAGUAUGAUGACCAUUAUGAGACGAGAGCGUGAAGCCGCGGCUCGAAGGGCUGGUGGUGAUGGUGGAGACCCGCCGCCCGGCCCUGGUGGCCCUUUCGGUGGAGAUGGUGGUAGUGGCCAUGGAGGUGGAGGUGGCAGUGACGACACACCCUCUCCUUUCGAUCCAUCGAGCGGUAGUGGAGGCGCGAACCCUCCAUCGCCGUCGGGUUCAGCUGGCUCAGGACCUAUGGAGGGGAUCGACGGGUCUUCUUCGAGCGAUGAGGGGCAGCACGGUGAGAGCGAUCCGCAUAGUCAUGACAAUGAUGACGGUCAGACUUUGGACAAUCAAGCUGACACCAAUGAUCAGAUGGAUGAUGGCAACGACAGUAACGAGGGUGGCGGCGAUAAUGAUGGCGAUUCAUCCGCACAGCCUGGAGCUUCCAAUCUCGCUGACAUUCCUAUGACUACUACGCCCGCGGCCUUUGAUGCUACUGUCACGGACGACGACGAUGGAGACGUUGAUAUGUCCGACCUAUUCAAUGCCGAUUCGGACGAUGUCGGUUUGGGCGAUAUCAAUAUGGAUAACAUCAAUCUGGACAAUCUUAAUUUGGACGGCAUCGAUUUCGACAAGAUCGCCAACUCUAGCUUCGAUAAUGAGCAAGCGCCAACCACCACCACUGAUGACAUGCGAAGACAACUGGUGCCUCUCGAGGGACUAGAACAACACACCGAACUGCCAACCAGUCUGUAUCUGUCUCCUGAGGAUGAGCAAUACGGUGAAAUGGCAGAACAAAACAUAUUCGCUGAUAUUGAUGCGUAUGAGGCACAGAAUGGGCCUAUCGAGAUUCCACCUCCCAUGUCUGAACCUCAACAGUACCCGACAGACGGGGAACGUUUCGAUGAUCUCCUCGGGAAUGCCGGCGAUGAAUAUUCUUCACCGAACCAGCAGCCUUCGGUCAUUGUUCCUGGGCCUCCUAAGGAUGCGCCAGAUGCGUUUGACCCAUUCUCAUUCUCAAACGUGAACUGGGGUGCCGCAUUUGGGGAUGCUACGCAAGCUGAACAGGAAGAAGAUGAGGAGCCGACACAAGAUGAUGUAGCUUCACCGCCACCAACCCAUGGAGACGACUUGAGCCUUGAAGACUAUGGAGUUGCUCAAGACCAUGAGGAACUCAUCGCAGGCCUUUCGAAUGUCAAUCUCGACAAUGAUCAGUCUGACAACAGCGACAAAGCACAAGUCUCGCCAGAUUUGGGAACUCAACGAGUAUGGGACAGUGACUUCAACAAAGCUCCAGAUAACGCUGAACAUGAAUACAAACACCCAGAUGAGUUCACAAGUAUCAGACCAAGAACACGCCUAGUACAACUAUGGGAGGACCACAGAAUCGUGGAGAAUCCCGAACAUGCGGAAUACCGAGCAGCCGACAUGAAGUCGCUAGACGAACUGACCGGUCGACAAGGUCAGAUCUUUCGGGAAGUUCCCAUGGACACGUACGAAAUGCGAGGAGAAAGCCACGACGACUACAAGGAUGCACAAGAGCUGAUGGCAUGGUUUGAUCCAGAUGCUGAAGGUGCUGAACCUCGAGGUGAUCCUUCCCCUGCUGGUUCUGACGACGGUAGCGCGUUGUCGGGUGAACUCGAUGACGAUGAACUGGACAAGCUUGCCAAGGAAGUGGAAAAGGAUCAAGUGGAUGAACUGAACAAAGCAUCUAAGAGAAGAGCCCGGGAGGUUUCUGAUGAUUCAGAUUCAGAUUCGGAAGCGCCGCAGAAAUCGCCAGAUGGGCCAGCGACUUCUCAGAAAGAGAGCUCAGGUGCACGAGCUGUGACUCCGAAGAAGAGCCGCUUCAGAGGUCCAGUCUCAUUUGAUACUGAGGGAGAAGCCCGUUUUGAGAAGAACGAUGUGGAAAAGGUCUUGGACCUUCCGGUUUUCCAGAAUCUGAAGGAGGCCAACACCACAUCGACAACUCCAUCGCCGGCGCAACCAUCUUCGGUCGCUAGUUCUGGUUUUCCGACUCGUCCGACUACACAAAAGACACUCAAAACGCCGUCGAUUUUCACCUCGAAUCCUACAUCCCCAUCUUCGUAUUACAAGCCGCCACCGCCUUCACAUCUAGCAGGUGGUUUCGCACCCGGAGGUUACGCACGCUCGUAUAACCCAGUCACCUUGCGUGAGAUGAACGGCACGUCUCCUUAUGCAGGUGUACCGAGUUUCAGCAACCCUACUACACCACGCGGUCAAAGCGGUAAUGCAACACCGCCUCCCCGGAGUCCAGGCUACCCAGCCAUGAAGCUGCCCGACACUGCACUAUCGAAUGCAAGAAGCUUGCUCAAACCGGCAUCCGCCCGCCAUCGUGCGCAGCCUACAUCAGGCACAGCGACCACAAUCUCCCCGGUCACCUCGCCCACGUACAUGCCCAUGCAGCCUUCGGCAGGCAUGAAGUCCAGUAAUCCAUCGACUACUCCACCAGCUUACGACCCGACACAGCCUGCGGCGGGAUAUACUCCGAAGUCAGCGUCGGACUUCCGGGCCCAGUUACUACCUCUUUCUGGAUUGAGUGUACCACAGAAGCCAUUGCCACAGCUUAGUCCGGUAACACAUCCAGGUAGGCCCGCAGGGCAAGAUGAAGAUGCGGUUGGAGAUCAGACCUUGCAAACUCCCGGAGACGAUGACGUCAACGACUACGAUAGCGAUGUUGACAGCAUUUACGGUCGCGACUAG